UUUCUCCGGGGGCUAUUUAACGGGCUCAUCUGGUCCUCCACAUUCUCCCCCUCCUCCUCCUCCUCUUCCACCUCCACCCUACCACUCUCCACCACCCACCCGCCCGUCCGCCUCCCUCCGCUCCGCUGCUGCAGCCAGCCAACCCAGCCUUGCUGCCUCGCGGGCGAACAAAAACCCCCAGAAUUCUCCGCGUCGAUCUCGCCCCGCCGCGUCCCGGCUCGACGCGGGCCGGCGCCGUGAGGGUGGGGAUCGCAUGUGAAGCGCAUUGGAGCGGAUAACUCGUCUCUAUUUGGGGGAAUUUUUUUUAGUUUUUUGUUUGGGGUUUCCAAUCCUUUUUCUUCGGCGGAGCCGCGAGCGUAGGUGCGUCUAUCUGCUCCGUCUCCGGUGGUUGUUUUGAUUUUAUCCGAUUUCGAGGGGGGUUCUUGUGGGCGGUGUGAUUAGGCGGGGUGAUCUCGGCUCGAUCGAUCGGAACAUCAUCUGCAGGGGAAGCGGUUGGCCUCCCCCCCUACGCCCUUUGAGGAUUUUUUUACCCUUGGUGUGAUGAGAUAGAUGUGUGCUGUUUUGGGGAUUUUGGUAGGUCGAUCGGAUCAUCGGAUGCGCUAUGCCAGCAUAUUCUUGUCGUGUUUCCUGAUCUGAGCACUAAGCCUCAGGCAGUGAUGAGAGUUCGGUGGAGCUCGUUAGUUUAGUCGAUCGUGCUGCUCACCCUAGAGCUUUUCCCCCUUUUGUUUAAUGGAGAAAAACUCAUAAGCAUACUGUUUCUGUUGUUAGCUUAGCUGUCUAUUGGGAUUUCUUUUGGAGAGUUUAGAUGCAGCAACAAGUAGAGUGCUAGGAUAGGCUAUUAUUUAUCAUUUGUUUAUCUGUGGCUGUGAUCAAUAUGGAGCAUCUUCACCACUACCUGACUGUAAAUAAGUAAUUGAUAGUGUUGACUAAUUGGAAACGUCACUAUCAAUUGAUAGUAUUGUCGAUUUCUAUGUAUGUUCUCCCCUUCAAUCUGAAUUAAACUUAGGCUGGCCCGGGUGAAAAAGAUAAUGCUGACCAAUCUGUAGACCCUUUGACCACUGUGUUUUCAUCAAUACAUAUACAAAUACUUAGAUCUCGGCACUACUAUAAAUGUAUGGCGCGAAAUGAAUCUUACAAUGUGUUUUUUCUUUCACAAAACAAAGCGGCUGAAAUUAUUGUCGGUCAAAUUUGAACGAGAGAAUCUUCGCGCCACCGCCGUGUAGGCACAUUGUGUAACUGAAAUUUGUUUCUUCUGAUAUAUUCACGUGCAAAGCUUUUGCGUUUCCGCUAAUAAAUUUGAAUGAGAGAAUCAACGGUAUCAGUUAUUCGAAAACGGACGGAAUAUAUUUUUUUGUCGUCUUCUAUGCUCUUUUCAGAAAUAUAUAUUUCUUAAAUAGCUUCAUACCAUUUUUAGAUUAGCUUAUUUCUAAUCAAAAGUACUUCGACUUUGACCUUGUUAUAUGUUUAGUAUUGUUGUAAAGAUAUAAUUAAAGAAAGUAAAGCCAAACAUUGUCCAAAUUGCAAGUAAAAAUACAGUGAGUAGUGUGUUCAUGACAUGGUUGUUUGGCCCGAACUGCAAAAAAUUGUCUUUGAAACAUUCUUUUUCAUCUACUUGAUUAGUUUCCCCUCAAUGUAGCACGAUAUGCUGCGGCAACCUGCAAGCACCUCUGGAGAUGUUGAUAGAAUUGCAAACAGGAAGCAUCGUCACAUAGUGCCUAGGCGUUCAACAGAAAAGAAGAACCCUCAUAACAUCCAGUUUGAACGUCAAGUAGCUGCGCUUGAAUACAGGCAGGAAGAACAGAGGAAGAGAGCCAAUGGUGGUCGUUUAUUCUUCACAUUGUCUUUAUCAUCCCAUCUCGUGGAAAAUGGAGAUGAACUUGAGACAUCCGCAUCACCAUCAUUGUUACUUUUUCACUUCAAUGAUCCAGAGGAUUUGGCAAGAUGUUUAACUUCAUCAAGGGCGUUGCUAGAGGACUCCCAACAAUCAGACAAAGCCCCUGAUAAUGAUUUCUCAGUCAACACCUUCAGCAACGCGAGUGUGGACGUGAAGCGAACUUCACGAAAGAAAAGCAAAAAGAAAAACAAGAGGCACAAAAGAGUGCAUGGCAAAAAAGUAUCUGAGGCAUCUGACACACAGUCUAUGCAGAGCAAGGGUGCUUCUCAUUGCAUCGAUGUUGCUGGUGGUGAAUCCUUGACACUUUCAUCCAACCAUGUGGCUCAUGCUGGAUCUGAAAUGCGGUGUAGAAAGGAGACUUUUCCUUCUAUGGCUGAUGGAGGUGAAACUUUGACACUGCCUCCAAACCAUGUGGCUGACAAAUUGUUUGGGGAUUUGUCUUCUGAUUCUUCAGUGAGAGAAGUUUCUGCGGAGAGACCUGAUAGUGAAACUGGUAACGAUGGUUCUUUCAUAACUCUGAUAUCAAGUACAUCUUGUAGUGAUGAGAUAGAAUUGUCUAGGCAUGCUUCUUAUUUUGAAUGCUGUGAGCAAUCUAACAGCAAUAACUCCAGAUGUUUGGACAGUGCCUCCACUUCCACUCUUACUGAUUCCUCUUUGGAUGGCCAUUACACAGAUAGCAGUUGGAACUUCAGUGAUGAUACCGAGAACUUGUUGAUUGACAAAAAUGAGUGCCCUCCGUGUGUUCAGUCAAAAGUGACAGAUCUCAGGGGUUCUAAAUGUGGUGGCAGUGAAGGUUGGCUAAACAAAGCAAAUCAUGAUAAAUUCUCCUGUUUCAGAAACAGUGCUGAUGCUAGCAGUGGUACACAAGAAAUGCAAUCAUGCAGUAAUGCUAGUAGCGAUGGUGAUUUCCUCCCAGUAAUUUCUAGAAAAAGAGCCCGGAAAAAUAGAAAGGUCCAACCUUUGGGGGGUUGUAAUGUGGAACAUAUUUGUGGUGUUGAGCAUGGUCAAAGUGGAAAACAAUCCAAAAUUUCUUCUAGACCAAGUAAUUCUUGCACACAAGUUGCAUCAAAAGAUUCCACUAAGGAUUUCAUUCACCCAAUUAAAGUUCGCACAUGGACUCCACAUGAAGUUACACUAAAUGAUUACAUGAUAGGAGCAAAUAUGAAUCACCUCCAGGAUCCAAAACAAAACCGUAGGGGGAAACCACAUAAGUACUCUUGUUUGAGUGAAGUGGCAAACUGUGGUUUUAUUGAAGAGAAGAGUGCCUGUACAGCGAAAAUGCUUCCUGGAAUUACACACUCAACAGAAACAGGUGUUGGUCAGAUAGCAUCGAGUUCAGCUUCUGAUGUGACGGUCCGAGAGAUAUCUGAGGAAAUUUGUACACCAAUAGGUCCUGUGCAGAAAGGAGGGCUGCAGAUUUUGCUUCGAGAAGAAAAUGUUGUUGGCACAGGUUCUCUUGAUGUUUUGAAUCAUGUUUCUUCUGUUGAUUCCGAAGAACAGAAGAAAGUAGAUAAUGCUGUAAUGAGCAGAUCUCAUGGCAUGGAAGGUCACCAUCUACAAUCCCAAGAUUCAGGUUCUCAGUUCCCUGGAUGCACCACAGAUUACUGGAAAACUUCCAGGCCUACUGAAAGUGGUUUGGAGGUUGGCUAUCAUGGUGUAUCAGCUUUUGAAGGGCGCUGUAACACGAACCAGCAAAGAUCUGUUAGUUCUAAAUUGCAAUUAGGUGAGAUGAUCAAGGCUGCAAAUGAUGCCUGCAAAGUGCAAGGUGCAUCAGAUGUUCAUCUGAUUUCUGGUCACCCCCUUGCUGAUUUUGAGACUUUUAUAUAUUCUGCAAGUCCAGUCAUUGCUAAGACAUCUUGCAUGAGGAAUGGCAACUGUUUGCAGGACCCGCAAGCUGGCAGCUCACCAUAUCAAUAUCAGAUAUCGGAUGUCUCCUUGAGAAAUGUGUGGGAAUGGUAUGAGGAACCUGGAUCCUAUGGAUUGGAAGUAGAAAUCCAUAGAAGUCUCAACUCUACGAGAUCAGCUUGUGGUGUCUCAGAGUUCUGUGCUUACUUUUUACCUUCUCUAUCUGCUAUUCAAUUGUUUGAACAGUGCAAGAAUAACUUGGACCAUAAGUUUGACAGUGAUGAUGAUUUCUUAUUAUCCCAACCAAAUGGUGUGUAUUUACCAAAACCAUCUUUAUCUGUACAAGACCAUGGGGAACCCCUGUUUGAAUAUUUUGAAUCAGAGCAUCCUUCUUCACGUCCUCCACUUUUUGAGAAGAUCAAACAGCUUACCAGUGGUGAAAAUCUCUCUACUUGCCAAAUAUUUGGGGAUCCCAAGAUGUUGGAAAAUCUUAAAUUGCGCGAUCUUCAUCCUGCUUCCUGGUUUUGUGUUGCGUGGUAUCCUAUUUGCCGAAUUCCUCAAGGAAACUGCCGUGCUGCAUUCCUGACUUACCACUCCCUGGGCAAAGUAGUUCCCCAAAUUCACUCUCCAGACAAGGCUGAUGAACCUACUCAUUUGGUUUGUCCAGUUGUUGGUUUCUGGAGUUACAAUGACAAGGGAGAGCAAUGGUUUCAACUGAGAAACCCAGAGAUCAAGCCAAUGUCAUUAGACGUUGGCCCCAAAACUGAUCGUGCUGAAGUCCUGAAACAGAGGCUGAAGACUUUAAGACAUGGUGCAUCAGUUAUGUCAAGCAUGGUGAUACCCAAGGCCAACGGGGAGAAGUCUAUCAACCGUCAUCCAGACUAUGAAUUCUUCCUAUCUCGGUCUAACUGAAUGGUUGCAUGAUCUCCACGGCAUCGAAAUACAUCAUGUUCUCUCCAUUACCUGUACUGUAUGGGUCCUAGAACCAGAAGCACCUCCAUAGUCCCAACAUUCAGAGUUUCAGACUAUGCUCUAGCGCGGUACCAUCAUACCAAGGCUGGAAGUUGAUGAGCUUUAGCUCUUUCUAGUAGUAGACUGGUAGCAGAACACCCGAAGGGUUUUUUUUUUUGGUUUUUUGAAAGAGCGACUCGGCCCGUGGGUUUUCGACUUCAGAUGCUUGCCCCUUUAAGUAAAUCCUUUAAGACUUAGAGCGUUGCUUCUGGGUACCUGCAGAUGGGUUCAAGGCCUGUAGUGUAUGCUGUUGCUUGCUUGAAAUGGGAAUUUUUGUCCAUGCAGAUCGAUCCUCCAGGCGGUUUUUAUAUGCCAGAUAGUAGAAGAGUUCUGUAGCUAGGAUGGGCUCGUUUGAAUGUUCUCAAUGUUAUUUUCGCGAGGCAAUUUUUUUUGCCACCAGGAGGAAUGUCGGAAUGUAGGACAGUUGAAUAUAUCCCAUAUGUAGAACAAGAGAAAUUUUACUGUCUUUGUGGAUACCUAGAGAGAUCAUUUUUUUUUUA